CAUCACUGUUGCUCCAGUAUUUCGGUCGUGUAAAAUCGCGAGCAAAAGGUUGGAUAACACGGCUUCAGCAGAAAAUUUAAAUAUAUUCAAGCGCAGCUCCGCAGCCUGCAAUUGGUGUCAUACAUUGUAUUGGUCAAAUAAGCGCACUUUGGCGAGCGUUCUUGAUUUCAGGGGGAAUGGCCAGGUUGCGAAAAAAGAAAGAAAAAAAAAGAAUGCGGCACCUUUGCUACCCAAGUUUUUGCUCGCGACUGUACCUAAGCGUGCAACUAAGCGUACGCAACAUUUCUGUGCCCGUCCAGGUUCUGGUGGUGGCGACGGCGUAUGUCGACCGGGGCUACUGGCAAAAGACCGAAGAGAUCGGCUUGAUGGACAGGAUUCGCGAGCGUGCCCUCGUGGCCGGCGCUGAUGUACCCCCAGAUUCCAAAAGUCGACGCGACGGGGAGAACGGUGCGAGAGGCAGUGUGACAUCGGCCGUGCCCUGUGACCUCUUCAACCGAACCGAAUGGAGCUGCUGGCUGUUGUGGCCGCUGAACCGAACCUCGCGUCUCCAGCUGAGGCUCAGCGUAUCCGACGACACGCUGGACCGACGACGGCUGCGAGUCACGUGGCGGCGAAAGCACAAGAUACGCGGCCAGAAUUUGUUCGCUGUGGAAGAAAUCACCGAAGGCUCUAACACAGGUUGGCUUCGAAGUACGUCGUUGCUGAUGCGCGAUCCGCUCUCCCUCGAACUGAACCCCGUGGCCGACCGGGACCGCUUCCUGAACAAGAUACAAGCACUGGUGUACGUGCGGCGCGGUAGCGGUGACUACGACCCCAACUCGUCGGGGCUCGGAGAGGUGCUGUACGGCCAGCUCACCUACGUCAUUGACUCACCGCCCACCGUGGUAUACCCAGUUGAUGGAUCCCAGGACGUGGUCCUUGCGCUGGAGGAUCACGUGAUGCUCCCGCCAGAAGGUGCCAUGAUCGAAUGGAAGCGCAAGCUUUCCCGAGUUCGUUUCUCGGCGCCACCGUCGAAUGUUCGGCUGCUGGCUGGUGGUCGUCUAGCCCUGGUGUCGUUGGCCGGAGCUACGCUAGGCGACCAGGCCAGCGCCGCGUCACCGCUGAGCCUGUCCUGCGCCGUGUUCGCGAGGGAUGGCCGCUUCUACGCCAUGCGCCAUUUUACGGUGGCCUCUUCCGGCGAACAUCAAGUUGUAACCCUGGCGAGCACGCGAACGUCCGCGUCGACGACCGAGGGAGACACGGUGAUCCACCUGUCGGUCAAGCUCGAUUCACAGCCCGCUCCCGGCGGCGGGGACUCGGGCGACGAGUACACCUUAGUGCAGACCAACGUCAGCGUGAGCAACGGACAAGCGGUGCCGGUCGCGCUCCAAGACCGGAUGGGAGCGAGCGAGCAGGCGCCGGUGGCAGUUCAACCGCCAGGUAUGGAGCCCGAGGUGGGACCCAACCCAUUGUCGUCGUCUUCCGGCUUCACGAACAACGUCUGCUUCCGCCUAAUACGUGGCGAGAACGGCGUGCCCAGUGUCGUGCCUUGCGAAUCUCCCGCGUCAGCUACCACCCCGCCUAAAACGUCGACGACAGAGACACGCCACCGGGAAUCGAACUCACGCUGGCGUCAUCACCGCCCGCGUGGCGGUGGCUACCUGAGACACCGUUUACGUGGUACGGACGAGUACGGCAAGCGGUCUCCGGCGCCUAGUGAAGAAGAGCGCAUGCGCGCUGACGUGGACAGCCUGCAGCCGUGCCGGGAUGACGAUGAGUGCAGUCGGCACGCGUCCUGCAUCGUGCCUCUGGGAACGGCCAAGGGACGCUGCGUCUGCGACCGCGGAUACUUGGGAAACGGUCUGUUUUGCUGGGAGAGCUUCUAUGUGUGAUAGCCUCGGCGAUCACUUGAAACUUUUUCCUGGAAGAGCAAAUAAGUAGAAGACUGACGAAUUCCGAUUGUACGCAUGGACAAUGUCUGAAUUUCCUAUCUGGGUUCGCUUGACUGUGUCUGCUUUCUUUCCUUUCUAGGAAAGGGGGAUAGGGGAAGGGCGUGUUCGAGGAGGUGUAACAUUACAUGCCGAGUAGGAACCUUCACGUGUUUACAAAAAAAAAUACACUAUUGUAAACCCUGACUUCAGUCAACACAAGAAUAUUUACAGCCUUUGCUGGUUCUUAUUUAGGGCGGCGAGCGAAAAAUAUGGGGAUGCUGCACCAACAAGCAAGUCGCGUUGGUUCUUUGGUGCUUCUUAUGUGCCGCUACGUUUUGGCAUGCAGUGCUUGAGGGAGUGUACAUAGCUGUUUAGAGGCGGAAAAUCUCGCUAGAAGUAGAAGUACUUAUCGCUACUUCCUGUCAAAAAAGCUAAGCCGUUGGGCCUCACGCCCAAACCGUGAGGUCCUCCGUAGCAGCCUAACAGUUCAACCAAGGAAAUCUUCAUCAGGUGCUAUAACAGGUGAUCAAUAUGUAUAUUCUGUGGUCCGUGCGGAUGGUAUUUCUUCCAGGCACGAUAGGCUCACGGUUAAUUUCAGCACUGAUUUCAGCACAGAGAAGAGGUCAGUUUACGCAUUAGUCGCGGUUCUAUAUUAGAAACGCAGGAGAGUGCAUGAGACAACUCAUGCGACUGGUUUAACAACGUCCACCAGGCCGAGCGGCGCAGGCUGAGCUGCCUUGGAGUGGUAGAGAAAGCUCAACGCACAUCUUGAAGGCACAUUGUUAUACGAUCAUCAUCAUCAUCAUCAUGCAGGACAAAGGCCUCUCCCUGCGAUCUCCAAUUACCCCGGCCCUGCGCCAACCGAUUCCAACUAGCGCACGCCAAUUUCCUAAUUUCAUCACUCCACCUAGUCUUCUGCCGCCCUCGACUACAAUUGCCUUCUUUUGACACCAAUUCUCUAACCCUAAUCGUCCACCGGUUAUCUAACCUACGCAUUACAUGACCUGCCCAGCUCCAUCUUUUUCUCUUAAUGUCAAUUAGAAUAUUGGCUGUACCCGUUUACUCUCUGAUCCAAACCGCUCUUUUUUGUCUCUUAACACUAUGCGCAGCAUUCUUCGUUCUAUCGCUCUUUGCGCAAUCCUUGAUUCGUUCUGAAGAUUCUUUGUCUGUGAUUCGGCCCCAUAUCUCGGCACCGGUAAAAUGCAAUGAUUGGACACUUUUUCUUUUCAAUCAUAAUGGUAAGCUUCCAGUAAGGAGAGGACAAUGUAUGCCGUAUGCGCUCCAACAUAUUUUUAUUGUUCUAUGAAUUUCCUUCUCAUGGUCAGGGUUCCUUCUGCUUAAUUGACCUAAGUAAACGUAUUCCUUCGCAGACUCUAGAGGCUGACUGCCGAAACUGAACUCUUGUUUCCUUGCCCGGCUAUUAUUGAUUGUAUUUGUCUUCUGCAUAAUAAUCUUCAACCGCACUCUUAUACUCUCUCUGUUAAGGUCCUCAAUCAGCUGUGUUAACUCGUUUCGACUGUUGCUGAACAGAACAAUGUCACCUGCAUACCGAAGGUUACAGAGAUAUUUGCCGUCGAUUCUUACUCCUAAGCCUUCCCAGUGUAAUAGAUUGAAUACUUCUUCUAAGCACGAACUGAAUAACAUUGGAGAGAUUGUGUCUCGUUGUCUGACCCCUUUCUUUAUAGGUAUCUUCCCACUUGUGUAGAAUUAAGUUAGCUGUGGAAUCCCUGCAGGUAUUUUCCAAGAUGUUUCCGUAAGCGGCCUGUACUCAUUGAUUACGUAAUGCCUCUAUUAAUGACGGUAUCUCUAAUGAAUCAAACGCUUGUUCGUAAUCAAUGAAAGCCAUACAGAGAGGCUGAUUGUACUCUGCGGAUUUCUCAAUUAUCUGAUUGAUGAGAUGGAUGUGAUCCAUUAUAGAGUAUCCCUUCCUGAAACCUGCCUGUUCCCUUGGAUGAAUAAAGUCCACAGUUGCGCUUAUUCUAUUGGAGAUUAUGCUGGUGAAUAUUUUAUAUAAUAUGGGAAGUAAGCUAAUGGGCCUAUAAUUUUUCCAUUCUUUCACGUUUCCCUUUUUGUGGAUUAGUAUAACGUUUGCAUUGUUUCACUUUUCUGGGACCCUUGAAGUCGAUAGACGCUUCGUAUAGACAGCCGCUAGUUUUCCAGGAAUUAUGUCUCCUCAAUCUUUGAUUAAAUCGACUAUUAUUCCAUCUUCUUCUGCCGCUCUUCCCUGUUUCGUUUCGUGCGUGCAAGGCCCUUCUGACCUCAUCGCUGGUUACACAAGGAAUUUCUGUAUCAUGUUCAUUACUGUUUCGAAUGGCUAUAUCUUGACUCCUCCCAGUACUGUGCAGGUCAGUAUAGAAUUCUUGUGCUGCUUUUACUAUACCUUCGAGAUUGCUGAUGAUAUCACCCUGCUUAUCUUUCAGUGCAUACAUCUUCGUUUGUCAUAUGCCAAGUUUUCUUCUCACUGAUUUUAGGCUGCGUCCACUUUUACGGCCUCCUCAGUCUUUUUGACGUUACAAUUUGGAAUAUCCCUUAUUUCUGCCUUUUUGAUUAGUUUUGACAGUUCUUAUCACAGUGAUCUUAUCAUCUGAGUUGGAUACUUUCAUUCGUUGUCGCUUCUUUAUUAGGUCCUUUGUUAUUUGGGAGCGCUUGCCUACUGGUUGUCUAGGCGCCUUGCCUCCCACUUCAUUUGCUGCCCCUGAAGCUAGCCUAGCGAAGGUUUCAUUCAUUUUAUCUAUGUCAUCUUCAUCUCUGUGCUCUAAGGUUGCAUAUUUCUUGGUAAGUACCAGUCUGAAUUUGUCUCCUUCUACCCUUACUGCAUCUAGGUUGGCCUGUUGGAUAUCUUAAAGAAUGUGUGAUAGUUCCUUAGAGUUCGUCUAAGCUAGCCUCACGCGACAGAGUUUGGUCGGGUGUUAGAGGUUUACAGGGUCAGUUUCAAUUGGUGGCCUGUCCGGACCUAAAGAUUCUUAGCACCAUCUGCGGCGUUACAGAUCUGACCGCCACCUUGGUGCAGUCUUCCGCAGCUGCUGGGGCUGAGGGUCAUGGGUUAAUUGUAGAAAUCACGAGGAAGGUAGUGGCCGAAUACUGCACCAGGGAGAGUUUCUCUUGGGUGUUUCCCUUUGUUGCGUCACUGUAAAACAACUCGCCGCCGAUUGUAGGUACAGGUGUGACAGGUGACAGGCGCUGGAACAGCACGCUUGCGAUAAAUUGACGCGUCUGCAUGCAUGACCGAAAAAUUAUGCGAACAAGAGCAAGGCAGUGGGUUGCAGUGAUACAUAGAUCUGCAUCAGAUUUCGCUCUUUAUUCAUUCUAAGAAAGACUACAGCCUAUAUGUGGAGUAAAUCAAGGUUUAAUGAAGCUUUCUCAAUUUGCGCCCCACCGUGUCACCGACGACGACAUUUCAAAAUUUCGAUUUCUUCUGUUGCACUGAUCUUUUUUUUUUUUUUUUGCAAGGACAAAUGCCUUCAUCCUUUGCGGUGCUGAAUUUUGCGUAGCACCCGCCGGGGUUGCUAAGUGGCUAUGGUGUUAGGUUGCUGAGCACGAGGUCGCGGGAUCGAAUCGCGGCCACGGCGGCCGCAUUUCGAUGGGGGCGAAAUGCGAAAACACCCAUGUACUUAGAUUCAGGUGCACGUUAAAGAACCCCGGGUGGUCGAAUUUCCGGAGUUCUCCACUGCGGCGUGCCUCAUAAUCAGAAAGUGGUUUUGGCACGUAAACUCAAUAAUUAAAGAAAAAUUGCUUAUGCCCUCCACGACGGCUCAGUGGCAAAGGCCCAUGGCAACACAACAUGAGGCCGCACGUUGAAUGCAGCCGCAUCGGCUGCGUUUCAUUGGCGAAUGAUUGCAAGAACGGAAGUGCACUGGGCUAUGGGUGCACUUUAAUUAACGAGGGUCAGGUGACUAGAUUCGACGCGGCGGCCGCAUUUUGAUGUGGGCGAAAUGCACAAAAGCCCGUGUGCCGUGCAUUGGGAGUGCGUUAAAGAUCCCAUGGUGGUCAAAAUUAAGCUGGAGCCCCCCACUAUGGCGUGCUUCAUAAUCAGAUCGUAGUUUUGGCAAGUUAAACACAAGAAUUCAAAUCAGGCAUGAUUUGCUAUGCCUUUACGGACGGGGGAUGACGGAUGUUAUGGGGACUGAAUGGGGAUGCUCCCGAGCAAGCCGCGGUGAUUUUGACGUCACCGCUUUCGUCACGCUGGGCUUCGCAAUGGAAAUUCUCGUUCAAGUAGCAUGGCGUCAUAAAGCAGAGUAUGCAAGCCUGCUGUCUAGAAAGCGUUGACCCAGCGCGCCUCCACCUACCUUCUCCUUCCGCCACGCUCGGCCCCCUUGGAUGGAUGGAUGGAUGGAUGGAUGGAUGGAUGGGUGGGUGGGUGGGUGGAUGAUGGAUGGAUGGACGGAUGGAUGGACGGAUGGACGGACGGACGGACGGACGGACGGACGGACCGACGGACCGACGGACGGACGGACGGACGGACGGACGGACGGACGGACGGACGGUGUAAGGUCGCUCUGAUUGUUCGUGUUCUUAAGUGUCACGAAUCGGCCACGUGCUGUGUGUAUAGAGAGGGGGUGCACUCCCCCCCCAUGUCAGCGGGGCAACAGUUUUUGUGUUAUGUGGGGUCACAGGGACCGCGCGGUGUUGGGUGACGCGCCGCGGCAGGCGCCAGGAGGGCGAGUGCCGAUUCCGGGAAGUCGGUAUUGUGCGCACGGUGUUGGCAGUCCGCCGACGGUCACACGAGUCCACACAGACCAGCCUUGAAAGGGACCGCUGUACACGGUACUGUCGGCCUGGCGCCCGAGUACCUGACUAAUUGGAGGCGCCGCCGAGGUUAAGAAGGGCUUAGCAACCUUGACCCCGUGCCGCAUAUACGGAGCAGGGAUCUAUUCUUCUACACAUCCGGAACGCAAUGGCCAGGCUUGUUGUAGGGUGCGACUGCCUGUAUGGUGUCGAAGGCCAGCUUACAGUGCACGCUGUAGGGAUGCGGUGCACACGUGAAGAGUGCAUUCGGACGGCAGCGUCUUGUAAACCCGCACUCGGAGAACUUUGUCUUGUAGACAAUAAGUGUGUAGGACAAGGACGGCCAUCAGCCUCACACACGGACAAACUUUGAGUACCGCUGCACUACGUGGUGUCGAUGCCCCUGCUUCCGAGACAUUUGCGGCCUAGAGACGCCCUUGGGAUUUGAGGCGGCCUAGCGAUAACUUGUUCGGGCCUGGCGUGUUUUGCUGAGCCCGUCACUAACUACGUAGAAAUGAGAGGGCAACGGAGUUUUAGGGAAGAAGGAAAAAAAGCUUUGUUUUCCUAUAUGUUUAUUUUUAAGAGUAAGCCCAUCCCUGUGGGUUGUGGCUUAACAAACGGUUGACUCUGAUUGGCAACUGAACCUGUGGGACGGGCCAACGGCCCUACCGCCUUUUUUUCUUUGUAUAUUUGGGCUAUAAAAAUCGGGACGACAUGCUGUCCCUCAGACUUCGCUGAAAUCAGGAUUGCUGAUAGAUCAGUGAGCCUCCGUACCAUGCACGUUAAAACGAGUCUGGGCUCUAACAGUCAUUGAGACAGUCGAAAAGUGAGACUUUGUUUCUCAAUUGUUGAAGUUUGCAAUGUAUUUGUUUUACCUGCCAUGUAUAUAGAAAAGUUUAAUGUCCUACCUAGGUUAAAAAAGAAAAGGAAAAGAAAAAGAACGCACGAAUAAUUCCAUAACCAAAUUUUCUGACCCCCUAUCAUGAACUUUGUUUUUCUACGUCUCCGUUUUUUGUCGUUUCCCUACUUUUUUUCCACCAAUCUUCCAAUCGCCUCUUACUAAUCUCUGUAGUGGACACGCUUACUUUCCCCCUGCUUUCGCUGAUCCGAAGGGCUUCAACGAGUCCAGUGGUACCUAAAUUGACCGCUGGGCAGAUAUCUUCACAUUCGUCUUAUAUCUUCCCUUCCUGCAUCCUCCUCCAGGCGCGCGCUCCUCCUAUCCACCAGGCUCCUUCCUCCUGCAGCGCUCGAUUGCUUGUCCCAGCUAGGCGGCCUUUGACUUAAUCUCCGUCUUAAGCGAAAGAAUUCAAAAGAAGCGUAAAGGAGUGUCUUUAAUUUUGGCCUUCGCGCUGCAAUAUUUCUGCGCGCUAUAUUUGAGCGCUUUGCGCGAAGGAGCCUGAAGGCGUGCCUAUAGUAUAUAUUGUUACGCGAACGAGGGAUUAGGCACUAGAGACUGUUUACAGAGUAUAUUUGCAAAGGAUAACUGCAGCGCUGGCCAGUGCAGCCGACAUCUCGAGAGCCAGAGCGCGUUGGUCGUCAUUGUCAGGGCGCCCGCGUGCAUCGUCCACAAGAAACACGCAAUAUGCAUGUAUCAAUAUUCAUGCUUGGCUGAAACUUGGAAGAUGUGAAACGCACGGAGGGCAGAGGAAUGCGCUGCAGCUCGCAAGGUAACUUGUGAUCUUCAAAUGAAACUAGAAUGUAUUUGCACCCAUAAAGUAAUGUAGGUGAUCGAUAAGGACGCAUGACACUACGAACCAUUGUCGCCAGUGCGAAGAUGGUAAUACCCUAUACAACAUCAACAAUACUCUACGUAACGACAGGUUUAGGCUCAGCCAGAAAACGCGCAGGGAAUUAUUCAUUUCCAUGUUUGUGCAAACUGAAUGGUUUAUUGAGCAAAGCAAUAAUUGCCAUCCACCCAACUGUAGCACAGAACUACAAAUGAUAUCCAUACAGGUUUGUGAAAAAGAAAGUUGCAAAGCUGAAAAGAAGCUCGCCCUGGUCGCGGGAUUGAACCUGAAACCAUCGUCUUUCUAGAGCGGUCGCUCUGUCAUGCGAGAUAAUCA